AGCCUGAGUAAUAGAAAAGCCAAAUCCAUGUUUGGUCUUUGUUCAGUUUAGGAACAGAAAUCAUUCAUUGAUUACCAUAUUUCCUUUUCUCUCUUCUUCCUUCCUUCCUUCCUUCCACAAAUGUUGCACUCUCACUCUCACCAUCACCACCUUCUCUUCUCCAGUCUCCCUCUUCGUCUCUCACUCACCACCACCCAUCACAACUCUUCUUUACCAUCUCUUCAUUUUCUCCACAGACCCAUCAUCACCACCACCACCACAACAACUACUGUUUCAGCCAUUCCUCCUACUGCUGCAUGGCUUGCAAAGCUCACAACACAAGACUUUGCCCACUUUGAACUCCCUUCUUCCCAUCUUUUCACAGAUGACCCUUCUACCAUUCAGGUUGCUUGCAGUGUUCUUCUCACUGGUGCCAUCACUGUCUUCUUCUUUCGCUCUGUCCAGCGCCGUGCAAAGCGUGCCAAAGAAUUGAAAUUUAGGUCUUCAGGAGUGAAUAAGUCAUUGGAUAACUUGAAAGCUAUAAGUUCAAGUUCCAUCAAAGCCAAAAGUCCACCUUCACCUGAUCAAGCAUUGUUAGGGGCAAUUAUAGCUGGUGUGAUUGCUGUUGUUCUCUACAGGUUCACCACAUCUAUUGAGGCUACUCUCGGUCGCCAAACACUUUCAGAUAAUUUCUCAGUCCGCCAGAUAACAAUCACCAUAAGGACAAUAAUAAAUGGCCUGUGCUACCUUGCUACAUUUGUCUACGGCAUCAAUUCUGUCGGUUUAUUUCUUUAUUCUGGCCAGCUUGCCAUGGACACCAUGGGAGGAGGGUCAAGUGGAAAGGAAACUGAAAGCAAAAUCACUCAGCAGCCAGGCUUAUCAAAUGCAUCAGUUGAGAAUAGUAAUAAUAAUAAUAAUAAUAAAUUGAGCAGCACAAAGGAAGAUCAAAGUUCAAAUAACUCCCUGUAAUAGAAGCCUUGUGCUGAAGAUAAAGUGGAGGAAUAAGUCAACUCCUCAUAUCCCUUUGGUUUCAAGAGUAAUGUUGGUGGCAAGUAAUAUUUUCAUGAAGUCACUACUCUUAGUAGAAUGUACUAAAGGUUCCUUUUGUUGAUAGGAGGAAAUUAUGGGGUUGAGAUGCUUAAACUCAGUCCUUUGAAGUAUAUAUAUAUAUAUAUAUGCAUGUGUGUGUGUGUGAGAUUUAGGAAUUAGUAUAUACUCACUAUAUUCGCACAAGCCUGUCUUCACCAAAAACUUGUGUGUAAUUACCUCUCAUUCAAUGACAAAAAUAUAUACUUGUAAUCUGUCCUCUUACAUUUAUAGUAAGACAAUUAAGCAA